AUGCCUCGUGUCAUAGCCGAAAAGUCCAUGUGUUUGCGAAAGGGUGACAUGCCUAGACACAUGCGUACCCACGCACAAGACAAGUCGAAACUGAUGCACCGGUGUCCCGUAUGUGGCUUUGAGAACAUGCAGAAAUCAAAUGUGGACACGCACAUCCGAACGCAUACACGCCAGAAGUCCCAACAUUGCCCAGACUGCACCUUUUGCACCUCUGAUCCUGGUUCUCUGACGCGCCACCGUAAACGACUGCACGGUUAUGUUCCCAAACAACGCCAGUCGCGUGAUGCUCGUGGUAGAAUAAGCCCUGUAAAGACAAUGACCGCCACACAAACUGCACUGGCACCAAAGGCUACCUGCACUCUUGUUUCUGAUUCAGACCAGGACGAUGACGCAGUCUCGAGGUUCUCGGUAGAAUCAGAAGAUGACAUUCCAGAAGAAGCCAUGCAAACUUUAGAGAUUAACAAACCGGGGAACGCACUUAUGCCCGAUCAUUCGACGCUCACAAAGCAUACUGAUGUUUCAAAUAAUGUUGGCGUUUCAUUGUUCUCUUCGUAA